AAUUUAUAAGAGAGUAAAAUAUAUUUUAGUUUGCAUAAAUGAUAGAAAUAUAUUUCUCUCUGUUAAACCGGCUCCGAAUUUGACGGAAUCGUGCAUUACCUUAUACGGUCAAACGAAGAAAGAACCAGAAGAAAUGGACUCUGCUUUGCAGCAGAAAGUAAUAGAGGCAACGCAGUGCGUUGAAAAACAGUUAGAUGCUGAGAUACAGAAGUUGGACAAUUUGGAUAUUAGCGAUUUUGCAAAAGUGCGUGAAAAUCGGUUGAAAAAGUUAAAAUUGCUCCAGCAACAAAAACAGAAUUGGUUGACAUUGGGCCAUGGAGAAUAUACGGAAGUUUACGACGAGAAAGAGUUUUUUGACGUGUCAAAAAAGUCUGAAAACAUAGUUUGUUUAUUCUAUAAAGAUGAUUCGCCCAGAUGCAAAAUAGUGGAUCAUCAUCUCAAGAUUCUAGCUAAGAAACACAUAGAAGCAAAAUUUUGUAAGCUAAACGUAGAGCGAUGUCCAUUUUUGACUGAACGUUUACGAAUCAAAAUCAUUCCCACAAUCGCCCUUAUUGUAAAAAGUAAAACUAAAGAUUAUAUUGUGGGAUUUACUGAAUUGGGAAAUCGUGACGAUUUCUUGACAGAAGCAUUAGAGUACAGAAUUUCACUUUCUGGUGUAAUACAGUACGAAGAUACCCAAUCUGCAGAAAACAACAAAAAACCAUGGUUAUCGCAGGUUGUAAAACCUAAAACAAUUAAGGGACCUAAUACUUCGAAUUCAGAUGAUUCUGACAUUGAGUAA